UUUUCACUAGAGACAGACUGACACACAAUCUGCCACGCAUCUAUUGUUUGGUGUUUGAAGUCAGUCUUGAAUUUUAUGUCAAGAAUCAUGAAGAAUUCUUAAGUGCAGAUUUUUGUGGCAAAUAUUAGGAUACCUUCUUUCCAGGAACUAUACAUUCUGCAAAGAUCAUUCUUCAUUCCUCUGAAAAUCAGAGAUGAGAGGAAAAAGGGGGCCACAUUCUGAAUGUCAGAUUCAAUAUCCAUCCCAUCUGCUGAGAACACCUGCAGUGGCUGAAAUCAAAGGGACCGCCAGUUUCAGACGUCAAGGUGCCUCUGCUCCACUGUUGCUAUGGAAGUUAACGGCAGUGUUUUUGAGUCUGGUCUGCCUGGGCCUCCUUUCUUCUGUUGGAAUCCUGGUCAAGCGAUUAGCAGAGAGCACUUCCAAAAAUCUCACAUUUAGUGAGGAAAGAGAUCCAAAAGCAUCGAUUUCAGGAAAUUCAGAGAUUCAACAGCCAUCAACAAAAGUGUCGCGGUGUCAGCCCUGUGAUGAGAACUGGCAGCAGCAGGGCAAGUACUGCUACUCCUUUUCUAGAAAUCUGAUUCCAUGGAGAGAUUGUCAAAGCCACUGUUCAGCCUUACAUUCAAGCUUUCUUAAGUUUAAUGUGGAAAAAGAGCUGGAGUUUUUGGGAAGAUUGUCAAAAAGGGAAUGUUAUAAUAAUGAGAAGAACUUUGGGAUCAGUUUGUACUUCAAUAGCAGCCAAAUGAAGUGGGCUUGGCUGGAUGGCUCAGUUUUUACGUUGGACAAGCCUGAAUUACAGAGACCUGACCAUAUCCAUAAUCAAUGUAAAUUUAUUAGAAAUGGCAGGUUAAUUGAUGGUAGUUGUGAAGAGCAUGUGUAUUGUAUGUGUAAGAAGACAACCUAUGGACAUUAAAUUUUUAAAGGUUAAAAAUAAAGGAAAUGGUGAAAGUU